AUUAACCAAUACUAUCUCGUUAAAAAUAAAAUUUACUUAUUGUGAAUAAAGGUGAAAAAUAUCUAGGGGAAAUUAUUAUUCUUAUAGCUUAUUAACGGGAUUGGUUAAAAGGAAAAUAAAUCAAACGUAUGACUUCCAAAUCAUAAGUCUCUCAUAGGUUUAAGAACAAUAUAAAUAUCCACACGAUAAGUAGAUAAUAAACGUGAUAAACUCUUAGUUACAAUUUAUAAAGUGAAUAUUUAAAAUUUUCCAAAAGGAUAAUGAUUACAUACAUUUUCAUUUGUGUAUUAUUAUCACCUACCAUUAUGAGUUCUUCUAAAUUUAAUACAGUUGGAUUAUUAUAUCCUAACGUUUCAAAACCAGAAGGCACAAAAAUCUACCAAAGUAUUUCAUCUGACAAAGGUUAUGUGAUAAAAACAAUAACCAGUGCACCACUAUAUCGAAUUGUUAGUUAUUUCACUAAUCGUACGGAAGAAAGUGAAGCAAAAGUACAUGACUUACAAAUUCCUUACUCAAUGUAUUAUACACAUAUAUAUCUUGCUUGGAAAUCUGCUGAUCAAUUGUUAUCCUCUAUAACUCUACAAUCCGAUAAUUCAGAAAGUAAAUUGAAUGGUGCUAAUUUAGUUUUAUCAACCUCUAAACUAGGUGAUAUGUAUGCACCUGGUAUGAUAACAUCAGUUCUUGACUUUGUUACAAAAUGUUAUGAAUGGGCUAAACCAAAUAGUCGACGAAUACCAUCUAGUUCAGCAUAUGUAUCAACACUUAGAGUUGCAUCAAAAGAUGAAAUUAAUCGAGCAUUAAUUAAAUAUACAGUAGAACAAUUUUUAAGAGCAACAACUUAUGGGUCAUAUCAUUUUGUUUGGGAAACGAAUUCAAAAAUGAAAGAAUUUAUGAAAGAAUUAGAUUAUGAACAAAUUACAUGUGGUGGUAAUCAUUCAUUUUAUAAUCCAUGUGAUUGGACAUUAAUGGGUUUAAAACCAGAAAUAGCUAAAGAACAAUGCCUAUAUCGACUUAUUAAUAAUAAAUCCAAUAUUUAUUAAUUACAUUAUUAUUAUUUAUCAGUUUUUUUUCUCUUAGAACAAAUAAAAAACUUUCACAUCAGGGAAAUAAAAGUAUCUAAUUGAAAUGAACAAUUGUAAAAAUGAUCAAAAUCAAUACUUCAGAGUAUGACUAUACGAAUAUAUAUAUAUAUCUACUGACAAUAUUAACUCUAACACAAUAAAUCACUGUUUAUGCCUUCUCACACUAUAGAUUUUUUCUUCUCUUACAUGUUAAAUUCAUUACAUCAUCAAUAAACAAUAAUUAUGUUUGUUUGUUUUUUUCUUCAGUCAACUUGUUUUUUCACUUUAUUGUUAAACCCAUGCAUGUUUAUGUUGUUGUUAGUGUUUUUUCUCUCUCUCCCUCUCCCUCUUGCUCUCUCUCUCUCUCGCCGAAACUUCCGAUUACCUUUUGCUUGUUAUGAACAUUAUUUAAAGUAUUUAAGUAAAUAUCUUGUUCAUUUAUUUAUGUCAAGUUACAUAAUUAUUAACACUAUUUUUAAACUUACUUUUUUUCCAACUAUUCGAUUUUUGUUUUCAGACAAUGUUGGAUAAUAAUUAAAAUCAAUAUGGUCAGUAUCUAU